AAGAAGUUACCCGUUAAAAUAAGAAAAUCUUGUGUCAACAGGAAACAAAAUGGGGGCCCUAUCACUCUUUUAGGGUAUAAUAAGGCCAUAACUUGCUCCCUCUCUCUACCAGAAUUUCUGUUGACAUCCUUUGUUUGGGAGAGAGAAAGAGAGAGAGAUGGGAAGUAGGGUUCUCGAAUUUUGAAUUCGGUUUAUUCGGACUACUUCUCUCUUACUAACUCAUAGCAAUUCCUCUUCAAUUUCUGGGGUUUUGUUUUUCGGUGUUCUUCACCAUUUGAUGUUGCCAAAUUUCUUGGUUUCUCUCAUUUUUAAACGAACCCCUUCUUAAAUUAAAACUCCUCAAUUUCAUUCUUUGAUUUUAUAAGGAAUUUAUUGUCGUGGGAAAUUUCCCAGUUUAAUUUUAAUUUCGUAUUCUAAUGUGAUUUUUUUUUUUCCCGUUUUCUUCUACAGCUUUAUUCCUUAUCUGUUUUCUGAAUUUGGUAACUUUUGCCUUCUGGGUACACUCAUGUGUUUUAAACUAUUGCCAUGGUGUUGCCAUAAUUAGAAUAUUUUGUCCGUUAGGAAAAGAAAGAAACAGUGGGUAAGUGGUAUAUGAAUGAUUGAAACCACCUUCUUGUUUUCAGUUGAGAUCAUAUGAUUUUAUGACUUGGAGUUAAUGGGUUUUCACUUUUUUCUGUGGUCGAAAUAUUUAUGUAUUUUUUGAUUUUGAAGUGAUUGGUUUCCCAUUUGUGAGAAUCUGUAUGAAAUUCCAGGUGAAAGCUCUAAGCUUUGAUGUAUCAUCUUCAAUUUUAGGCUUGCCCAUAUUACAAAAUUCAACCAUCUUUCAACUUUAAUGGCGUUUCCUAGGUUUCAAUUGUGGGGAUUACCCUUGUGGGGUGGAAAGGAUGAUACCGAAAACAUCUCGAAAAUCAGUUCUUUAAAUUCCUUGUCCGAUUGUGGUUUUGGCCUAAGGGAGAUUGAGAGUGUGAAAUUCCCAUUGAAGAAGGGGGCUAGGAUGACCUCGUCUUCUUCAUCUUCUUCACCUAGGAAGAUUAAGAAGAAAUGGCAUAGCAGAGAAGAGAGGAAGAUUGAGAGAGAGCAUGAUGUAGUUAUGGUUCCAAGUGAUGGGGUUUGUUUAUCAGGGUCUGAAUCUGAGGAUUCUGAUUGGUCCAUUGGGUGGUUGGAGCCUCAUGGCCCUGAUUUCUUAAGUGAUGAUGAAAAUGAUGAUAGUUUUGCAGUCUUGGUUCCUUGUUAUAGAAAGGGGCCAGUUGAGAGGCCUAAUACCCAAUUUCUGAAUACUAUCAAGAAUCUCAGCAGUGAGCCCUUCUCUGAAGGGAAGAACCUGAUGGACCAGUGGCUCUCUUCACUGCAAAACUUCUGAAGCUCUGAAGCCGCACCAUCAAAUGUUUGAUAAUAAAUAAGUUGAUGGUUCUUAUUGUGUGUUUGGAGUUUGAAGCUAUUGGCUAUUACGAGUAUAUCUGUGAUAAAAAUGAAGGUUUGGGGAAAAACAGAAGAAUCAAUAAAUGUCCAGAAAACCAGGAGCAGAAAUGAUGCUGCUACUAUAAGCAUGUUCUUGACCGAGGUUAGCUCAAUCCGAAAUGGGUUGCUGAACCUUUUCCUUCCAAUCAUUGUAAAGACCAUUAGAGAAUGUAAAUAUUUUGUAAUAUAACUCUGCCUGAUUCCCCACCCUUUGUCCUGAAGUAGUUUGUAAAUAUUUAUGCUUUUUGUAGAACAUUGCUCUUCUAACUAACAAGCGAAACAUGUAGUACUCUGUUGCAAAACAUGCAGUUUGCAUAUGAUUGUAAAUAUUUCUGUUACAUACGCGUACCCUAUUGUAUGAUGAUGUAUAUAUAAUUAGUACGAUAAUUUGCAUA